CUUUUUUUCCGGGUUAGCUGCUGCCCCGGAAGUAGUUCUAGGCGGUUCAGUCAACAUAGCUAGUCUGCUUAGAUAAACCUUACUUAAAAGCAUUGUAGCUAGAGUUAUUUACAAAUAUAUCUUCAAUAUACUUGGCGUAGACUAUUUCCAUCCUGUGAUAACGUAGAUAUGGAACUAUUAAACCAGACAGACGUGAAGUUACACACGACAACUUAAGCUAACAUUAUUAGCUAGCUAAGUACCGUUAGCUAGCUCAGUACGCUAUGCUAACUUAGCCUGCUAUCUAUUUUUGCGAAAUAGCUGUGAUUUCUCAUAACAAAGCAACAUUUGAACUGAUUGCUUGCUACAGCCGGAGAACAACAUUUUUUCGACAAUUUGUUGUUGUUGUUGCUUCGGCUCACACAAUGUAUGAGGCCUAUCUCUGACUGUACUUUUCAAUCAGGAUUUUGAUGAACCCCAGCCAAACCAGUCAAAUCUACUGGUUCCUGACUGUAUCCAUGGUGACCAGAACACCAGCGGUCCAGAGAUGGUUCCUAGGAGCCUUGACUACUUCAGUGACUUUCUAAGAUUGAGAGGAGAGAGUACCAGCCGUCACUCUGACAGUGAGGGGGCAAGUUCUACCUCAGGAGAACCUGAACAACAUGAGGACAAUCACACAGCCAAGAACACACACAGCUGCAGAGAGUGUGGAGAGGAGUUCCCUACCCAGCAUUAUCUAAGAAAACAUCGUAACACAACACACACAGGAGAGAAGAAGACCAGUCCCAAACCCAGGAAGAGCUACAGCUGCCUGGACUGUGGGAAGGAGUUCCCAUGUCCAUCUAAACUACAACGACACCUUCUGACUCACACAGGAGAGAGGCCCUGCUUCUGUUCUGACUGUGGGAAGAGUUUCACUCGGGAGGAACAUCUGAAGACACACCAGCGGUUCCACUGUUCUAGUGGGGAGGGCAGUCCCUCUAUAUCGGGAGAUCCUGAACAGGCAAAGAACUGCUGCCUGGAGUGUGGAAGAGAGUUCUCUAGUGCUUACAAACUACGCAGACACCUGCUGACACACACGGGAGAAAAGCCUCACUCCUGCUCCGUGUGUGGGAAGAGUUAUACUUAUCUACACACCUUGAAAUCACAUGAGCUGAAACACACCGGGGAGAAGUCUUACAAAUGUUCCGUGUGUGAGAAGAGCUUCAACCAAAAGGGAAAUUUGAACCAACACAUGUUAGUGCACACCGGUGAGAAACCUUUCUCCUGCUCUGUCUGUGGCAAGUGCUUCACCCAGAAAGCCAACCUGACUGCCCACCAGCUCUCCCACACAGGAGAGAAGCCUUUCUCCUGUUCCAUCUGUAGGAAGGGCUUCACUCAGAAAGCAUAUCUUAAACAACACCAGAAACUGCACACUGGAGAGAAGCCUUACGCCUGCUCCGAGUGUGACAAGAGGUUUACCUUCUGUACAUCCUUGAAAAGACACCAGCUGCAACACACAGGAGAGAGACCGGACUCGCUAAGUUUGAAAGAAAUACACCAGCAAUCACACGGCAAAAAAGUUGAGGAGAGUCUCUCUGCAUCAGCAGCAGAACCUGAACAACACCAGGAGAAUCACACAACUAAGACGUCGUCUCACUGCUGCUUAGAAUGUGGGAAACAUUUCAAAACGUUAUCGUCUCUACAGAUCCACAUGAGAAUCCACACAGGAAAGAAGCCAUACCCCUGCCCUGACUGUGGGAAGAAUUUUGCUACAAAAGGAAGUUUGAACUUGCACCAGCGGUCACACACAACAGAAGCAGAGAAACCCAUCCACUGUGAGGAGGAGAACACAUCACAGGGGCAGGAGAUGGUAUCUGAUAACCUACAGGACCUCUGUCAAACACUGGGGCUGAAGGCUAAAGUCGAAGAGGAGAAGGACAAGGUGGAGGAGGAUGGAGAAGGGGCGACGGAUAAUGCAGAGGAAGUUGGAGGGCUGAUUAAUUCUGAUGGAGAAGAAGUUGACUGGGAUUCUGUUCAACAUAGUGAGAGUCCUGUCCCUGACUCUGGUAGUAAAGGAGGAAGUCCCCCUACGUCACACAUCAACAAGGAUCCUGGGCCUCAAUCGGGGUCGACAGAGUCCCUGGGUCCUGACCGAAGACAUGAGGACAUCACUCAAACACCUGGGAUGAACAUUCAUAUUGAAGAAGAAGAGGAGGAGGAGGAUGAGGAAGAAGAAGAAGAAGAGGAGGAGGAAGAAGAAGAAGAGGAGGGAGAAGAAGAGGAGGGAGAAGAAGAGGAGGGAGAAGAAGAGGAGGGAGAAGAAGAGGAGGGAGAAGAGUGGGAGGUGGAAGAGGAAGAAGAGGGUGAAGAUGAAGAAGAGGAGGAGGAGGAAGGGGAGGAAGAGGAAGGGGAGGAAGAGGAAGUUGGUGAUCUGUUGAAUUCUGUAGUAGAACAGGCUUCCUGGGAUACUCCUCAUCUUGGAAUGAGUCCUAACUCCUGCCACGGUAGUGAGGGAACUGCCUCAACACCAGGAGCACUGGAACGACAACACCAGGAGGAAGAGAAGACACGGAGGAGCAAACGGAAGAAGAGUCCAGAACGAAAGCAGCCGAAGAAGAAAAAAGAGAAACCGAAGAAGGUAAAGAUUCCGAAGCAGAAGAAAGCUAAGAUGACCCACCGCUGCUUUAAAUGUGGAGAGGGAUUCUCCCGUGUCUACGACAUGCUCUUACACCAGACCAUUCAUAUAGACGGAACGACCAUGUUCAAAACCAAGAAGGUUCACCGCUGCUUAACGUGUGGGUACGAAGCAUCCGAUGCACAUAAGCUGAUGAUGCACGAGCGGAUACACACGGGAGAGAAGCCUUUCCAGUGCUCUGUGUGCGGCAAGAGAUUCGCUCAGAAAGGAAAUCUGAAAAUACACCAGAGUGUGCACAAAGGAGAAGUCAGGAAUCCCAGUUUCUGGCCGGACAUCGUGGAGAGGCUUCCUACAAUAGGUGUCCCGGACCAAUACUAUGACAACCACACAGCUAAGCCAAUAGGAAUCCCGGACCAAUACCAUGACAACCACACAGCUAAGCCAAUAGGAGUUCUGGACCAAUACCAUGACAACCACACAGCUAAGCCAAUAGGAAUCCCGGACCAAUACCAUGACAACCACACAGCUAAGCCAAUAGGAAUCCCGGACCAAUACCAUGACAACCACACAGCUAAGCCAAUAGGAGUUCUGGACCAAUACCAUGACAACCACACAGCUAAGCCAAUAGGAGUCCUGCACCAAUACCAUGACAACCACACAGCUAAGCCAAUAGGAGUCCUGGACCAAUGCCAUGGCAACCACACAGCUAAGCCAAUAGGAGUCCUGCACCAAUACCAUGACAACCACACAGCUAAGCCAAUAGGAGAGGAUUGCCAAACUCCAUCAACUCUACAGAUACACAUGAGAACUCACACUGUAGAGAACCAGUCUAGACCGCAGUGCCCUCUCUGCGGGGCAGAGUUCUCUCAGAAAGGCCUUCUGGAUGAUCACCUGGUGAUCGCCCACUCCCAUGAGAAACCAGAGAAGCCUUACCCCUGUCCAGACUGUGGGAAGAGGUUCUCCAGCAAGAAUUACAUCAAGAUCCACCGGAAGAUCCACAGUGGGAAGAUCUCUUACCACUGCGCCCAGUGUGAUAAGAGUUUCCUGUCAGCGGAGGGGCUCAAGAAGCACGAGAGCGCUCACCGAGGAGAGAGGCCGUACCGAUGCCCUGCGUGUGGCAAGUGUUUCAAACAACAAUCCCAGCUGACCUGUCACUUCAAGAUCCACACCGGAGAGAGGAGCCAUCUCUGCUUCCUGUGUGGGAAGAGUUUCGCCAGAGAGUUUGACCUCCGGGUGCAUCUCAGAGUCCACUCUGGAGAGAAGCCCUACCAGUGCCAUGAGUGUGGCAAGAGCUACAGGUACAGAGCAGGCAUCCGGUCACACAUGCAGCAGAUGCACCCUGGGAAGCCUAUAGUGGAACCAACGCCACCCAUCCCCACAGGCCCUCGCUACGGCAGUGGAGGAAGUGGUCUUCCAACAGCCCUUAUCAGAAAGGAUCCCGGUGACGAAUCCAGCCACAAAGCUAUAGAGUCCCAGGGUCCUGAUCCAAGACAUGGCAGCAUGGCCUCCAGUCAAACACCUCGGUUGAAGGCCAGGGCUGAAGAAGAAGAGGAGGAAGAGGAGGAGGAGGAAGAAGAGGUGAACGUUGAUGGUUCGGGUAAUUCUGAAGAAGACGACGCCAGUUGGAAACCUGCUCUUCGUCUUGCCAAGACCGGUGGCGGUGGUCCGUCUGCGUCAGGAGGACAGAGAAAACACCGGAAGAAACAACAGGUCAAACGUAAAACCAGAGUCAAAGAAGGCGAACGGAAGCGACCCAGAGCCAAGAGGUUUAACAACCGUCGCUGUUUUAAAUGCGGAGAGGGAUUCCCCCGGGAAUAUGAGCUGUUGCUCCACCUGCAGACACAUCUGGACUACAGCUGCUACGCGUGUGGAGCACCGUUCAACAACAAAGAGCUGCUGCAGAGACAUCAGGAAGAGCACGCCGAGGAGAGUCUGGGUGUGUUCUCUGGUGAGGCAGCAGGUCCAACUACAGGACAGCAGCGGGGGAGAGGGAAGAGGACUCACCGAUGUCCAACCUGUGGCAAAGAACUAUCCGACGCGUCCAAGCUGAAGUUACACGUGAGAAUCCACACCGGGGAGAAACCUUACUGUUGCUCCCUGUGCGGAAAGGGUUUCACUCAGCCGGGGAACCUGAAAACACACAUGAAAACACACAGAGAUGGGAACCCCAGUUUGUUGUCUGCUGGUGGGUCGGGUCCCUCUACAUCAAGAGGUCCAGAACACCACCGAGAGAAUCACACCGUCGCCGCAGCAGCAGCUCAGGAGAACUUCAACUGUCCAGAUCUAUCGUCAGUACAGAAACACACGACGUCUCAGGACAGCGGAGAGAAGUCCUCUUUCUUCUGCUCGCUGUGCGGGGAGGAGUUCUCUGAGAAGACACAGUUAGAGGAACACCGGCUGGCUCACCUCAACAAGAAGCCUUUCCCCUGCCCUGACUGUGGCAAGAGGUUCCGCAGUAAUUACUACGUUAAGAUCCACAUGCGAAUGCACACCGGGGAGAGGCCUUACCAAUGCGCUGAGUGUGGGAAGGGCUUCAUCACAGAAGAAGGGCUGAAGAAGCACGAGAGCGCUCACCGGGGAGAGAGACCCCACCUCUGCCCCGAGUGCGGAAAGAGAUUCAAGCAACAGUCCCAACUUACGUGUCACUUCCGUAUGCACACCGGACAGAAGAGCCACCUCUGCUCCGUCUGUGGGAAGAGUUACUUCAGAGAAUUUGACCUCAAGGUUCACCUCAGAGUCCACACGGGAGAGAAGCCCCAUCAGUGUGAGGAGUGUGGGAAGAGUUUCUACUAUCUACAGGGGCUCCGGCAGCACCAGAGGACCCACGCUCCCAAGCCCAUCGGACCGACCCGCCAGCUAGGCAGGCCUAAGCAGUCGUCCAGCGCGGCAGACAACAUGGACGUACCAAACCAAUCACCCAGGACGGGAAGGCCCAGGCCAGCUCCUAGAGUAGAGAGACCCAUGCCUCUACCCAGAGUGGAGAGACCCAUGCCUCUAGGCCUGCCUAGAGUUGAGAGUGAUCUGGAGAGACCUCACUGGCAGUACUGGCACCUUUAAAUGGGAAAUCUUCCAUUUCUGUUGUUGUUUGAACUAGAGGUCGACCGAUUUAUGAUUUUUCAACGCUGAUAAGAUUAUUGGAGGACCAAAACAAGCCGAUACCGAUUAAUCGGACAAUUUUUAUAUAUAUACAUAUAUAUAUAUGAGUGUGGUAAUAUUUGUAAUAAUGUCAAUUACAACAAUGCUGAAUGAACACUUAUUUUAACUUAAUAUAAUACAUCAAUAAAAUCUAUUUAGUCUCAAAUAAAUAAUGAAACAUCAUCAAUUUGGUUUAAAUAAUGCAAAAACACAGUGUUGGAGAAGAAAGUAAAAGUGCAAUAUGUGCCAUGUAAAAAAGCUAACGUUUAAGUUCCUUGCUCAGAACAUGAGAACAUAUGAAAUCUGGUGGUUCAGUAUUCCCAGUUAAGAAGUUUUAGGUUGUAGUUAUUAUAGGAAUUAUGACGUGUCGGCUAUUUCUCUCUAUACCAUUUGUAUUUCAUAUACCUUUGACUAUUGGAUGUUCUUAUAGGCACUUUAGUAUUGCCUGUCUAAUCUCAGGAGUUGAUAGGCUUGAAGUAAGUCAUAAACAGCGCUGUGCUAUGAGCUGCUGGCAAACGCAGUAAAGUUUGAAUGAAUGCUUACGAGCCUGCUGCUGCCUACCACCGCUCAGACUGCUCUAUCAAAUAUCAAAUCAUAGACUUAAUUAUAAUAUAAUAAACACAGAAAUACGAGCCUUAGGUCAUUAAUAUGGUCAAAUCCGGAAACUAUCAUUUAAAAAACAAAGCGUUUAUUCUUUCAGUGAAAUACAGAACCGUUCCGUAUUUUAUCGAACCCUAAGUCUAAAUAUUCCUGUUACAUUGCACAACCUUCAAUGUUAUGUCAUAAUUAUGCAAAAUUCAGACAAAUUAGUUUUCAACGAGCCAGGCGGCCCAAACUGUUGCAUAUACCCUGACUGCGUGCAAUGAACGCAAGAGAAGUAAUACAAUUUCACCUGGUUAAUAUUGCCUGCUAACAUUAAUUUAUUUUAACUGAAUAUGUAGGUUUAAAAAUAUAUACUUCUGUGUAUUGAUUUUAAGAAAGGCAUUGAUGUUUAUGGUUAGGUACAUUCGUGCAAUGGUUGUGCUUUUGUUAAAUCAUCACCCGUUUGACGAAGCAGGCUGUGAUUCGAUGAUACAUUAACAGGCACCACAUUCAUUAUAUGCAAUGCAGGACAAGCUUGUUAACCUAGUAAUAUGAUCAACCAUGUGUAGUUAACUAGUGAUUAUGUGAAGAUUGCUUGUUUUUUAUAAGAGAAGUUUAAUGCUAGCUAGCUCCUUGCUGCACUCGCGUAACAGGUGGUCAGCCUGCCACGCAGUUUCCUCAUAGAAUUUAAUGUAAUCGGACCAUAAUCGGCGUUCAAAAAUGCUGAUUAUCGAUUUGUUAUGAAAACUUGAAAAUCGGGCCCUAAUUAACCCGGCCGACCUCUAGUUUGAACUGCAGAUUGUGCCUUUAACCACUGCUACGUUGCGUACAACAUUUAAGGCCACUUUCCCGGACACGGAUUUCAGACUAGUUCUGCAUUUAAAUAGCAUGUUCAAUAGAGAAAGUGUUUGUUGCUCCAUGGGUCUAUGUAUCACGUGUCUCGGAGUAGGAGUGCUGAUCUAGGAUCAGGUCCAUGUAACCUUAUUGGGAUCUGAAAAGGUGAAGCUGACCAUCAAUCAGCACUCCUACUUUAAGAUGCUUCAUACAGACAGCCAUUGGACUAAUCUAUAUCUGCUUCAUCCAGACUGCCAUUGGACUAAUCUAUAUCUGCUUCAUACAGACGGCCAUUGGACUAAUCUAUAUCUGCUUCAUCCAGACGGCCAUUGGACUAGGCUUAAUCUAUAUCUGCUUUAUACAGACGGCCAUUGGACUAAUCUAUAUCUGCUUUAUACAGACGGCCAUUGGACUAGGCUUAAUCUAUAUCUGCUUUAUACAGACGGCCAUUGGACUAGGCUUAAUCUAUAUCUGCUUUAUACAGACGUCCAUUGGACUAGGCUUAAUCUAUAUCUGCUUUAUACAGACGGCCAUUGGACUAAUCUAUAUCUGCUUUAUACAGACGGCCAUUGGACUAGGCUUAAUCUAUAUCUGCUUUAUACAGACGGCCAUUGGACUAGGCUUAAUCUAUAUCUGCUUUAUACAGACGGCCAUUGGACUAGGCUUAAUCUAUAUCUGCUUUAUACAGACGCCCAUUGGAUUAGGCUUAAUCUAUAUCUGCUUUAUACAGACGGCCAUUGGACUAGGCUUAAUCUAUAUCUGCUUUAUACAGACGCCCAUUGGACUAGGCUUAAUCUAUAUCUGCUUUAUACAGACGGCCAUUGGACUAGGCUUAAUCUAUAUCUGCUUUAUACAGACGGCCAUUGGACUAGGCUUAAUCUAUAUCUGCUUUAUACAGACGCCCAUUGGAUUAGGCUUAAUCUAUAUCUGCUUUAUACAGACGGCCAUUGGACUAGGCUUAAUCUAUAUCUGCUUUAUACAGACGCCCAUUGGACUAGGCUUAAUCUUCAUACAGACGCCCAUUGGACUAGGCUUAAUCUAUAUCUGCUUCAUACAGACGGCCAUUGGACUAGGCUUAAUCUAUAUCUGCUUUAUACAGACGGCCUUUGGACUAGGCUUAUUCUAUAUCUGCUUCAUACAGACGGCCAUUGGACUAGGCUUAAUCUAUAUCUGCUUUAUACAGAUGGCCAUUGGACUAGGCUUAAUCUAUAUCUGCUUUGUACAGACGGCCAUUGGACUAGGCUUAAUCUUCAUACAGACGCCCAUUGGACUAGGCUUAAUCUAUAUCUGCUUUAUACAGACGGCCAUUGGACUAGGCUUAAUCUAUAUCUGCUUCAUACAGACGGCCAUUGGACUAGGCUUAAUCUAUAUCUGCUUUGUACAGACGGCCAUUGGAUUAGGCUUAAUCUUCAUACAGAUGGCCUUUGGACUAGGCUUAAUCUAUAUCCGGGAAACCAGACAGGUAUAUUAUCUCUGUGGUUAAUCUCACUACUUUUGUCUCGACUGUUAAAAGUAGUGGGAAUUCAUGUGCUCGCUAGCAGCAAAUCAAAGUGUAUUAGUCACACGCGCCGAAUACAACGGGUGGAGAUCUUACAGUGAAAUGCUUACUGACAAGCCCUUAAUCAACAAUGAAUUUAAGAAAAUACCUAUUAAAAAAUAAAAUUAAAACAACAAAUAUUUAAAGAGCAGCAGUAAAAUAACAAUAGCGGGGCUGUAUACAGGGGGUUCCGUUGUUUAUGUGUGUUCCUCUUCUCCGAUCCCCACCACAGUUAUGAAAGAUGGAAGCUGGGCUCUGUUUGCCUUGAGAGAUUCAUUUGUAGAGGGUCCGCCCAACAACAAAAAAUAAUAGAUUUUCAAAAUGAUUUGUAUGCUCUUUUCUUAGUUUAGACUGAGGAGGACCAAAAAACCAAGGUUCAGGCUGUUAUGCCAUUGUCAGUGGGCGUCCACAUAGAGGUGCAUUAGUCCUUUACGUUCAGGUUCUGGGAGCGGGUGGAAACCCAAGAAAGUGUUAUUUUACGAUUAAGAUUUGUGAUCAACGCCUUUUUUAUGACCAUCCGUUGAGUUGAGACGCUUGUCUGUUUUACACUAAAUAUACUAUUGGAGUAACUUUUAUUUUUUCUUGUAUGUCAUAUUACUCUGUUCAAUUGUUUCUCAUUCAUAAGCACUUUAAAUGUUUUAUCUGAAGUUCUCGCAGACGGGUCUCGGUGUCUGUGUGGAAUGUCACCACCUGAUACAACAGUACCUGUGCACAGUAGUCGUGUCAUGAUUUAAAUAAAUCUUUGCAAUGAUUUCAAAAA